CACUGAUGUUGGACGAGAAGGCCUGGCUCUCAGUCCAUAUAUAUAUAUAUAUAUAGCUGUGACCUCAGACAAGUGUGUUUUACAGCAAACCCUCCCACAGGCUGUCACGGAAACUUCACCAUCCCCAGUAUUUCCGUAUUUCUAGAAGGUCUACUUUUAAUACUUAAAGUAUAGUUUUUGCUGAGCCAGUCUGGGAUCUGAACUAAGAAGAGCAAGUUUUAUACUCUGUAAGCCUUUUCAGCAUGCAUAUGAAUGGAUACUGGUCAGAUGUGAGUAUCAGGACAUAAAAAUUCUUUUUGAUGUGUAAUUUCAACAUAAAACAAUAACAAACACCUACAUUUAAAAAGAAACAAGCUUAUUUAUUUGCAUGUCCCACCCAACCACCAUUAUGAAUGCAAAUAUAUUCAGGUCACAUGACCGUAAAAGCACCUGGCCAAACAAAGACAACAUGUUGAACAUUUUCCAAGAAAGCACAAACAUGGUGAGUAAAAGUUUGAUACUCAGUCACAAAACAUUAAAUCAAUAAAAAACAAUGCUAGUGGCUCGAUGCACAAACUGACAAAAUGCAGGGUAUGGGCCUAACUGCUGCUAAAUGGCUCAAAAUAGUUCAGUUUAAAUGCCUGGUCAAAGACAGGGCUAAUAAGCCAUAUACAACAGAGCAUGCAGUGAAUAGUUAGGGGACAUAAUUUUGCAUUGAAAACUGUUUUAAUUGUAAUGAUUAUGCAAUUUGCCAACAAAAACAACUCGGAUUUGUAACAAAUUAGUCUGCUUUUGGCUUUCAGUAAAUUAAAAUAUUAUGCAGUGUCAUGUGAGUCUCUGUUGGGAGUGAGCAGAAACAAAAUACUGUAGCUUGAAGCCAACUUAUCUUUCAAAUAAGAAAGAUGCCAUGUUUUCAUCCGAUUUCAACUGCAGAUAGCAUUUCAAUUCCUUUUUUCAUUUCAUUUCAUUAUCUGUACCACUUAUCCGAUCUAUUCUUGGUUCACGGGGAGCCUGUGCCUAUCUCAGGUGUCAUCAGGCAUCAAGGCAGGAUACACCAUGGACAGAGUGCCAACCCAUCACAGGGCGCACACACAAUGGCCAAUUUAGAGACUCCAAUCAGCCUAGAAGCAUGUCUUUAGACUGUGGGAGGAAACCCACCAAGCACGAGAACAUAGAAACUGCACAUACACACAGUGAGCAGGAGCGAGACUCGAAACCAGGACGCUAGAGGUGUGAGGCAAAGCUCUGGAAAAAAUAAGAGACCACUGCCCAAUCUCCAGAUUAGAACCCUAUUGAAAACCUCUGGAAUGUCAUCAGGAGGAAGAUGGAUGGUCAAAACCAUCAAGCAAAGCUGAGCUGUUUAAAAGAAGAAGUGGUAUAAAGAAAAAGAGUGGUAUAAAGUUCCCCAACAGCAAUGUGAGAAACUGGUGGAGAGCAUGGAGCCAAAACACAUGCAAAUCAAGCUUUACAUUUAAACAAAGAGAAUCUAUGGAAGAGUAUCAGCAGACUUUAAGGUCAUAUAAACUGGAUUUAUGUCUACAAGCAUUUCUGUACCAAAGAGAAGAAGACAUCUGGAAAACAUUUAAAAAAAUAAUGGCAGAUGAAUAUGAAGAACGGAGUGAUUUCCUGCUGGAUCUGUUCUCACAUGUGAAGAAGUAUGAAAGUAAAACAGACAGGAGUAUCCUUCCAGCAUUGCUGUCAGUUCACCAGUUACUUCCUGCAGUCUGGUCCAUAAAGCUCUCCGAGAGAAAAGUCUCCCUCCUCCUAGAAGUGCUGAAACUCCAAACACAGAAGAAACCAGUGGAGCUGAUAGACUGGUCAGAUGAAGAGAGUGAAGUGAGGAGUUUCCUUCAGUGUCUGCCCUACAUCUCACAGCUCAGGUUUAAAGAGAAUGAUUACAAGAAGCAGAAACCUGCAGAGUUCCUGAUGAGUCUCCUCCAUCACACUACAAAAAGUGACAGACACACAGGGAGGAAAUCACUGGCGCUGUUAGCAUCACUGUGCAAUCACAAAUCUUUUCCUUAUGGUGAAAGCUCCACAUUUAAUAACAGUGAUUUCCUGCUGGAUCUGUUCUCACAUGUGAAGCAGUAUGAGAGUAAAACAGACAGGAGUGUCCUUCCAGCAUUGCUGCCAGUUUACCGGUCACUUCCUGCAGUCUGGUCCAUAAAGCUCUCCGAGAGAAAAGUCUCCCUCCUCCUAGAAGUGCUGAAACUCCAAACACAGAAGAAACCAGUGGAGCUGAUAGACUGGUCAGAUGAAGAGAGUGAAGUGAGGAGUUUCCUUCAGUGUCUGCCCUACAUCUCACAGCUCAGUUUUGAUGUGUUUUAUUUAGAUUCUGCAUCCAUGCAGUUUUUGGUGAAUCUGAGCAUCGCAGCAGUCGACUGUCAAUCGGAUAAUGGAGAGAGUUUUACUGAGCUGCUGGCAUCAGUGUGCAACUAUGACACAUUCCCUUUUGGAGAAGAGUUUCAUGACCGCCAUGAAGAACAGUGUGAUUUCCUGCUGGAUCUGUUCUCACAUGUGAAGCAGUAUGAGAGUAAAACAGACAGGAGUGUCCUUCCAGCAUUGCUACCAGUUUACCAGUCACUUCCUGCAGUCUGGUACAUAGAUCUCUUAGAGGGAGAUGUCUCCCUCCUCCUAGAAGUGCUGAAACUCCAAACACAGAAGAAACCAGUGGAGGUGAUAGACUGGUCAGAUGAAGAGAGUGAAGUGAGGAGUUUCCUUCAGUGUCUGCCCUACAUCUCACAGCUCAGAUGUGAAGAAAAUUUUAUUUUACAUUUAAGUAAAGCAAUUGUUGACCACACAGAAGACACGAAGCUGGUGAGGGCUUUCUUUGCUGCUGUGGACUUCAUCUUCAUUAUAGAUUGGGUUUUAACCACUCGUGAGUGCAGGGCUGUGGGAAAAUUACUGAAUCUCUCAGACUCUAAACUCAAACUCACUCUGAAACCCCAAGCCAUCUCUCUCCGAGGGGCCAGACUUCUCUUCAGACACACCACACACCUACAGAAACUCUGCCUGAGUGAGCGUGUGGUAGGGAGGAUGGUACGAGCAUUUCGUGCAGUGAGAGCCGGUGGCUCUUUGGUCAUUGAGGAGCUCUGUCUGGACUUUAACAGCUCAAACCCAGAGAUCUUCAGAUUUCUGAGCAGUUUGUCUUCCCUCCUGAACAUCUGGACUGUUCACUGUGUGAACCUCACUGAGUGCAGGAUGGAGGCUCAGUCUCUCAUCAGCCUCAUGUGUCAUCCUGGCCAUUUCAAUAUCAGAUUAUCAAAAGUGACUCUCCAGCAGUUUACUGGUCUGCUGUAUGAGGCUCAGGAUGGGGAACUGACCCGCUUUUUCCUGGAGAAGGUGGGAGGAGACCUGACUUCCUGUUCUCUUAGUUGGGAGGAGCUUAUCUAUUUUCUCCAGCAGCGAGUUUGCCGCAUUAGUGUGAACAUCAGAAAGAGCAAAAUCACAUAUAAACACACCAGAGAGAUUCUUCCUCUACUGUCUGAAAUUCAGUUUAAACGAUUGAACCCCAGUGUUGCGCUGUCAAUCAUCAGAGAGAUCUAUGAGACUGGCUCUGCUCACUGUGUGUCCAGUCUGUUGAGUUCAGUACACAACUGUAUCAACCUGAACAAUACACAGCUGGACUCAUACCACUGUACUGCCCUGUGCUUCACCCUCCAACACUGUACAUCUGUCUCUCUGAGCCUGCUGUGGACCUCCAUACCAGAGGGGGAGCUGGUGAAGAUUCUGCCUCUGUUCAACAGAGUUUCUCAGCUCAGUGUUGACAGGUCCCUGUUGCUGAAGAUACUCCACUGUUGCAGUAUCUCUGAGCUCCAGCAGGGGGCAGCAGCAGCAGUUUUCUCUGCUCUGCAGAACAGACUGGACUUCUCAUGUAGCACUGGAUUAGAUCUGAGCACAGAAACACAGAAUAACACUCUGAAUCUGACCACUGAGGACUGCAGAGACAUCAGCACUGCCAUCCAGAAAUCUCAUCAACAUACAGAGCUCAUUCUAGAGGACUGUGAGCUGGAGGACACUGGAGUGGACAUGUUCUUACUUAUUGUACAUACUGUGAGACUACGCUGUAGUAAACCUCUAUUGCUCCGGUUCCUGGCUCUUCUCCGUGUGAUGAAUGAGUCAGACUGUAUGAGACAUGUUAUGUCCCUCUCAAAGGCUCUGAAUAGAGAAAUGGACCUCAGUGAGACACCUCUGGACCUCCAUGACUAUAGAUCAUUAGCUUUGUUUCUGGAAUUUUCUGAUGGUCUGUCAGAACUGGACCUCAGCCACUGCAAGCUCACUGAUCACGGCCUGGAGCUGCUGUUACCACAUCUGGAUAAAGUAGAGGUCCUGGAUCUGAGUCACAAUACCAUAGAUGACCGUUUAGCAGGAAGAAUCUACACAGUUGUUUCCACCAGCAGCAACAUACAGACAGUUCGACUCUUCAACAACAGAAUUACUCAUAAAGAGCCUUUCUAAAAGACAAGCGCUUCGAGAUCUGGUGAUGACCGUGGACUGUUUUCAUACUUCUAUUAAACAGUAUAAGGAGUAAAGAAUUGUAUAUCAACAAGUUAACCAG